UCUCCUCGACGACCACCUUCUCUCUUAUACAACACACGAAGCCGAUUUUGACUGGGGGCUCAUCACGAUGCUAAACACAACGGCGACGCCCUACCAUGACGCGGGCGUGCUCUACGCGAACACCGACUUCUCUCAGCUGAACUGGAUCGAGCUUCAGUGGGCUUCGUGGUAUCUCUGGAUCGGCAAUCCUGUCCUUGCGACAGGUCUUGCCUCCUUCUUGCUUCACGAGUGCGUGUACUUUGGCCGAGCCCUGCCCUGGAUUUUCAUCGACGCGACGCCCUACUUUCGCAAGUGGAAGCUCCAGCCGAAUAAAAUCCCAACGGCCUCGGAGCAGUGGGCCUGCACUAAGCAGGUCCUCUUCAGCCACUUCACCGUCGAGCUUCCCGUCAUCUGGCUCUUCCAUCCUGUGGCUGAGUUCUUUGGCAUGUCUACCUGGCAGGUGCCCCUCCCGAGUUGGGUUGCCAUCGCUCCUCAAGUUUUCCUCUUCUUUGUCUUUGAGGACAUGUUCCACUACUUUGCCCACCAAGCGCUUCACUGGGGUCCCCUCUACAAGCACGUCCAUAAGAUCCAUCACCAGUAUCCCGCGCCUUUCGGUCUUGCUGCUGAAUACGCACACCCCGCGGAAGUCUUUAUUCUCGGCACUGGCACCAUCCUCGGGCCCAUCCUGUACUGCAUGUUCCGCCACGACCUGCAUAUAUUCACCGUCUACAUCUGGAUCACCCUUCGCCUUUUCCAGGCCAUUGAUUCGCACAGCGGCUACGAUUUCCCAUGGUCACUCCAGCACUGGCUGCCGUUCUGGUCCGGUGCAGAGCACCACGACUUCCAUCACAUGGCGUUCGUGAACAACUUCAGCACGUCCUUCCGCUGGUGCGACCGCCUCUUUGGCACAGACACCAAGUACCGCGCCUACCGCGCGCGCCUCGAGGCGGCCAAGAAGGCCGGCAUGUCCGCCGAGGAGUACGCACGUAUGGAGAUUCGUCUCAAUGAGGAGGCUGAACGCGAGGGCGUCGCUGCCGAAAAGAAAGCUGAGAACAGCGACUUUGCCGGCGCGUGGCACAAGACCAAGGUCCAAUAGAUUCGCGCUUAAUAGAAAACAUCUGGGCCGCGUAACGCGGUUGCCUGCUUGUAUGUAUGAAGGAAGUACGAUACACCCGCUGAUAGCUUAAUGCAUAUGUACACAUCUCCUGUCUUUACUGUAAUGCCUCUUGC